AGCAGAGAGCUGGACUGGAAGAGGAGCAACUGGGACAGAAUCCGGCACCCUAACCAGGACUAGAACCCGGAGUGCCGGCUCUGCAGGCAGAGGAUUAGCCUAUUGAGCUGCGGCGCUGGCCGUGAUUGUGGUUUUGCCUAUUGCUUUUGCUUUUAAUCAUUGCUCAUCUAAAAUUAGGACAAAUUCAAGAAUAAUUUUUUUCUUACAAAUUGAAAUAAGUGUUUUACUACUGUGCGUUUCAUCUUCAACAUGGUCUUGUCACUUCUUUAAACCAGUUAUCCAUUUGUAAACUGAUGAUUUCUUUGAGGAGUUGUCCCAAUAAGCUUUUCACAAAGCACCAAUGGUUUCAUCACUCUUUCAUCUAGCUUUUACCAUAGGUUUGAUGUUUGUUGUUGCUUCAGUUUUAGCAAAAUUAUUGUUGCUCAUAGGAGCUUUUAAAAAUCUGAUGUCUUAUUCUUCUUGGUACAAACAGACCCUGUUGAAACAGUUAAACUUGUUGAAUAUAAGUUUAUUUCACUACAAAAAAUUUUCCAAAUCCUUGUGUUGUCUUUUCAUAAUAUGCAUUUUAUGGACUUUUUUUCAAAAAGAUUAUUUGAAAGACCGAGUUACAGAUAGAGAGAGGGAGAGACAGAACUUCAGUUUGCUGGUUCACUCCCUAAAUGGCUUCAAUGGCUAGGACUGGGCCAGGCCAAAGCCAGAAACCAGGAACUCUGUCCUGGUCUCCCACAUGGCUGGAAGGGGCACAAGGAUAUGGGCCAUCCUCUUCUACUUUUCCAGGUAUAUCAGCAGGGACCUGGAUUGGAAGUGGAGCAGCUGAGAUUUGAACCAGCACCUGCAUGGGAUGUUGAUGUUGUAGGCAGUGGGUUAACCUGGUAUGUUACAACACCAGCCCCCUUCAGUGGGUCUUUUGAAGAUCCCUUAUAUACUAGGGUGUGGGGGUCACCCAAGGCACACCAUGGGUGGGAACUCCCUAGCUAGUGGCUCUGGAAAAAAAUCUAAUCUCAGUACAGAAAGGCAAAUUACUUGAUUGGGAAAAUCUGUUAGAUGUCAAGAAAAUAUUAAACUCAACUGAGCUGUGAAGAGGCUGCUUGCCAUAUAUAAGCCUCUCAAAAUGCAAUCCCAGUGUAGCAGACAGAUUCUCAAUGACUUGCCUGCUGCUCUCUUGAAGUGUAUUCAAUGAAUCUAUUUUUUUAACCCAGAAAUCUUUUGUUUAAGGUAUACAAACUUCAUGCGUUUCAUAUAUACAAAUUUAGGAACAUAGUGAUUCUUCCCAAUCUCCACUCCCUCCUGCCCACACUCCCAUGCUUCUUUUCCUUCCUCUCCUAUUCCUGUUCUUAUUUUUCUGCAAAGAUCUAUUUUAAAUUAAUGCUUUACUCAUAACAUUAACAAUACAUUAAGUAAAGAGUUCAACAAAUAGUAAUAAAAAACCUGUUCCUUAACAGCCGAGGCAAGGGCUUUUCAAAAUAAUUGUAUUUCAAAGUGUCAAAUUUAGUUCUAUAGAUUGCCUUUUAGGUGCUCUAUUAAUGACCACAGAUCAGGGAGAACAUAUGGUAUUUCUCCUUUUUGGACUGGCUUAUUUCACUAAAUGUAAUGAUUUUCAGUUGCAUCCAUUUUGUUACAAAUGACAGGAUUUCAUUUUUUUACUGCUAUAUAGAAUUCUAUGGUGUAUAUAUAUACCAUCAUUUCUUUAUCCAGUCUUCAGUUGAUGGGCAUCUGGGUUGAUUCCAUAUCUUAGGUAUUGUGAAUUGAGUUGCAAUAAAUGUGGGGUGCAGAUAACUAUUUUAUAUGCUGAUUUUCUUUCCUUUGGGUAAAUUCUCAAGAGUGGGAUGGUUGGGUCAUAUGGUAGGUCUAUAUUCAGAUUUCUGAGGUGUCUCCAUACUGUCUUACACAAUAGCUCUACCAGUUUACAUUCCCACCAACAGUGGAUUAGGAUGCCUAUUCCCUACAUCCUUGCCAGCAUUUAUUGUUUGUUGUUUCUGUAUUAGAGCCAUUAUAACUGGGGGGAGGUGAAACCUCAUUGUGGUUUUGAUUUGCAUUUCUCUGAUGUAUAGUGAUCCUGAGCAUUUUUUCCUGUGUUUGUUGGCUAUAUGAAUUUCCUCUUUUGAAAAAUACCUAUCCAAGUCCUUUGCCCAUGUUUUGACUGGUUUGUUUGUUUUAUUGUUGUUGAAUUCUUUGAGCUAUUUAUUGCAUAGUUUACUAGUAUUUUCUCUCUGUCCAUUGCCUCUUCAUUUUGCUAAGUGUUUCUUUUGCACUGUGGAAGCUUUUCAGCUUCAUAUAAUCCCAUUUGUCUAUUUUGGCUUUGAUUGCCUGUGCUUCUAUAAUCUUUUCCAAGAAGUCUUUACCUAUGCCAUUGUAUUGCAGGGUUUCUCCUAUGUUCUCUAGUAAUUUGAUGGUAUUAAGUUGUAGAUUUAGGUUUUAAAUCCAUUUUGAGUGGAUUUUGUUUAAAGUAGGGGUCUUGUUUCAAAGUUCUGCAUACAGAGAUCCAGUUUUCCAGCUCCAUUUGUUGAAGAGACUGUCCUUGCUCCAGGGAUUGAUUUUAGAUCUUUCUCAAAGAGAAGUUAUUUGUAGAUAUAUGGAUUGAUUUCUGGAGUUUCUGUUCUGGUCCAUUCUGUUUUUGUGUCAGUACCAGGCUAUUUGAUUAUAACUGCCCUGUAGUUGUCUUGAAAUCUGGUAUUGUGAUGCUUUAGCUAUUUGGGAUCUCUUGUGUUUCCAUCUGAAUUUCAGCAUUGUUAUUUCAAGAUUUGAGAAGACUGUCAUUGGUAUUUUGAUUGAUAUCACAUUGAAUCUAUAAAUUGCUUUCGAUAGUAUGGACAUUUUGAUUACAUUUAUUCUUCCAAUCCAUGAACAUGGAAGAAUUUCCUAUUUUUUUGGUUUUCUUCUAUUUCUUUCCUUAAUGUUUUAGAAUUUUCAUUGUAGACAUCUUUGACAUCUUUUGUUAAAUUUAUUCCAAGGUAUUUAAUUCUUCUUGGAGCUAUUGUGAAUAGGACUGAUCUUAGAAGUUCUUUCUCAGCUGUGGCAUUGUAUGUGUAUACAAAGGCUAUUGAAUUUUGUGUGUUGAUUUUAUAGCCUGCCACUUUACCAAACCCUUCUGAAUUCCAAUAAUAUCUUAGUGCAGUCUUUUGGAUUCCCUAUAUAUAGAAUCAUGUCAUCGACAAAUAGGGAUAGUUUGACUUCCUCCUUGUCAAUUUAUAUCCCCUUGAUUUCUUUUUCUUACCUAAUGGCUCUGGCUAAAAGUUCCAGGACUAUAUUGAAUAGUAGUGGUGAGACUGGGCAUCCUUAUCUGGAUCUGGAUCUUAGUGGGGAUGCUUCCAAAUUUUUCUUAUUCAAUGAGAUGCUGGCUGGUUGUUUGUCAUAAAUGACCUUGAUUGUGUUGAGGAAUGUUCCUUCUAUACCCAAGUUGCUUAAAGUUUUCAUCAUGAAUGGAUGUUGUAUUUUAUCAAAUGCUUUCUCUAUAUCUAUUGAGAUUAUCCUAUGGUUUUUGUUCUUUAGUUUGUUAAUGUGAUGUAUCACAUUGAUUGAUUUGCAAAUGCUGAACCAUCCUUGCAUACCAGGGAUAAAUCCCAUUUGGUUUGGGUGAAUGAUCUUUCUGAUGUUUGUUGGAUUCAAUUGGCUAUUUUGUUGAGGAUUUUUGUGUCUAUUUUCAUCAGGGAUAUUGGUCUGUAGUUCUGUUUCUCUGUUGUUUCUUUUUCAGGUUUGGAAAUUAAGGUGAUGCUGGCUUCUUAGAAGUAGUUUUUUGAAAGAACAGCUCUUCAUUUCACUAAUCUUUUGUAUUUUUUGUUUCAAUUCUUUUAUUUCUUCUCUAAUUUUAAUUAUCUCUUUUCUCCUAAUUUGGGUUUGGCUAUUGUUGUUUUCCUAGGUCUUUGAGAUGUAUUGAUAUUUCAUUUAUUUGGUGGCUUUCCAAUUUCUUGAUGUAGGCACCAAUUGCUAUAAACUUUCCUCUUAACAAUGCUUUUAUUGGCCAGCGCUGUGGCUCAAUAGGCUAAUCCUCCACCUGCAGCGCCGGCACUCCGGGUUCUAGUCCCGGUCGGGGUGCUGGAUUCUGUCCUGGUUGCCCCUCUUCCAAUCUAGCUCUCUGCUGUGGUCCGGGAGUGCAGUGGAGGAUGGCCCAAGUCCUUGGGCCCUGCACCCGCAUGGGAGACCAGGAGAAACACCUGGCUCCUGGCUUCGGAUCAGUGUGGUGUGCCGGCCGCAGCAUGGUGGCCGCAGUGGCCAUUGUGGGGUGAAGCAACAGUAAAGGAAGACCUUUCUCCCUGUCUCUCUUUCUCACUGUCCACUCUGCCUGUCAAAAAAAAUGCUUUUGCUAUAUCCUAUAAGUUUUGGUAUGUUGUAUUGUCUUCUUCAUUCAUUUCCUGAAAUUUUUUGAUUUCUCUUUUGAUUUCUUCUAUGACCCACGGUUCAUUCAGGAGCAUGUUGCUCAGUCUCUAUGUGUUUACAUACAUUCUAGAGUUUCUUGAGUUUUUGAUUUCCAGCUUUUUUGCACUGUGGUCAGAGAAGAUGCAUGGUAUGAUAUCAAUUUUUUUGAAUUUACUGAAAUUUGCUUUAUGUCCUAGCAUUUGUUCUAUCCUAGAGAAAAUUCCAUGUACUGGUGAGAAAAAUUUGUACUCUGCAACUAUAGGAUGAAAAAUUUUGUAGAUAUCUGUUGAGUCCAUUUGGUGUAAUUAACUCUGUUGUUUCUUUGUUGAUUUUCUAUCUGGUUAAUGUGUCCUUUGCUGAAGAUAGGGUGUUGUUAUGUUUGGGUUUCCUGGUCAAACAAGUUACACUUGUGUUAAAUAUUUAAAAAAUGUUUCCAAUGUACCCUUGUCUUAAAAGUUAUACAAGGCUUUGGACCUUACAGUGAAUUUUUUCCUAAUUGGUUUAUUUGACAGUUAAAUUUGUCUGCUAAGGUUUCACCUGAUAUUAAGUUAUUUACGAUAAGUGAUCUGGGAGUCCUGACUUGUUUCUUUAUUUCUCUAUUCUCUUCAAGAUAGAAAACUGAUUCUAUUCUGAAGUACUCUCCAUCAGGAUGUACAGUUUGAUCUUCAGAUCUUAUAGAAGGAAUGGCUAACAUUUUUCUAUAAUAAUAGGCUGGCUGCAUAUAGAAGACCAAAUAGCAUAGCCUAAAGGAGAGCUUAAGUUAUGAUUUCACAGUGAGAUUUACUUUGGCAUGGGCACAGUAAACAAGCAAAGCCUCCCUUUUUAUGAAGGCCUCCUUUCUUUGCCUUUUUGUUUUUUAGGACCACAAAGUAUUAGAUGAUGCCCACAUCACAUUUUCUGAGUCCACCAAUUAAAAUAUAAUUUAAUCUGGCAAUACCCUCACAGACACAUCUGGAAAUAAUGUUUAAUCUGGGUGCUUUGCCAUGUAUUUGCUAUUUAAAAUUAACCAUGACAUUUUUUGUUCAUAUUCUUAUUGUUUUAGAUAGAGAACAAAUUCACCAAGUUCUUCAUUUUGCCAUUUCAAAAAUCCAUCUUUGGCUAUAGAAUUGUAACCUUGAAAUUUUCUCCUAAGUCUUUUGAGGUAGCAAAUAAAGUUUGUACUUUUAUAAGCUUUAUAAGGAACCUGGGGACUCCAGAUGAUAAACCACUGAUUUUUCCUGUUUGCUUCAUUUUAUAAAUCUAUAUAAAUUAUGAAUUUAUUUGUUCAUAUUUCUCUAAUUAAAUUUGUGUGGACAUCCUUCCCUAAUAUUUUUUUUACUUUCAGUCACAUCUUUUAAAAUUAAUAUUUAGUUAUUUAUUUUCAUCUAGAGAGAGAGAGAGAGAGAGAGAGAUCAAUCUUCCAUUUGCUGGUUUACUCCCCAAAUGUCUGCAACAGCCAAGGCUGGGGUAGGCCAAAGCCAGGAGUCAGAAAUUCCAUUCAGGCCUUGCAUGUGGGUUGCAGGAGCCCCAGCAAUUGAGUCAUCAUCUGCUGCCUCCCUCGUGCAUUAGUAGGAAGCUAGAUUGGAAGUGGGAUAGCUGGGACUGGAAUCAGCACUCUAAUAUGGGAUGCAAGUUCCCAAGCAGUGGCUUAACCUCCUGCACUAUAACACCUGCUCUUUAGCCACGUCUUCACAGGGUUCUGAAUGAUUUCCAUCUGAGUCCAGAUAUUCACUUCUAGACUAUAGGGAGGGAUGGGAGUGGGUGCAGGCAGGUAUGGCAGGCAGACCGCCUAACUUCUAGCCUUAAAUGUAUAAUCUUUGGGUUGGUUCUAUAUUUGUCUUGUAUUAGGCAUGUUUCAAAUUCUGAUAAAUAAACUUGUCUUGAUUUUGUGCUACCUCAAAGAAUGAUCCAAAAAGCUUAUUGUUUGGGGUUCAAAGAAAACAUAAAAAAGAAAAAAAGGUAUAUUUUUAUUUUUUUGGACUAGGAGAAGACAAAAAGGAACCCGAAGCUAAACUGACAAAAUUUAGAGUGCUUUUUUCUGUGGUUGUGGGUUGAAGGAAUCUAGGUGAAAAAAAAUUGGUUGUGGGCAUUGGGAGUGCUGGUCCAGACUGAGGAUGGGAACCAGUAAAUGCCAUCCUCUAAGGUGAAGGACUCUGUGUGUCUUUUCUUUCCUAAUCUGCAGGAGUUUUUGACAUUCAGUUCCUCACUGUUCACAGCCAAGGCACUGUGGAUGAAUGUGUUCCUGUUCUGACAACCUGUUGAAACUGAUGCAGGUGACCCACUGUGAUGAGUAGUACAGGAAAGGAAGAAGAUAGGAAGAGAUAUGCCUUUGCUGGGACAUUUGUUCUGGUGAGACUGCUCUUUUGCUGAGUGCUUUGACAUUGGUGUCGCAGCAUCCCUGGAGGUGUCAGAGAGCCCUGGGAGUGUCCAGGUGGCCCGGGGUCAGACCGCAGUCCUGCCUUGCACGUUCACUACCAGCGCUGCUCUCCUUAACCUCAAUGUCAUUUGGAUGGUCAUCCCUCUCUCCAAUGCUAACCAACCUGAGCAGGUCAUUCUGUAUCAGGGUGGACAGAUGUUUGAUGGUGCCCCCCGAUUCCAUGGUAGGGUGGGAUUCACAGGCACCAUGCCCGCCACCAAUGUCUCUAUCUUCAUUAAUAACACUCAGCUGUCAGAUACAGGCACCUACCAGUGUUUGGUCAACAACCUGCCAGACAGAGGAGGCAGGAACAUUGGGGUCACUGGUCUCACAGUGUUAGUUCCCCCUUCUGCCCCACACUGCCAAAUCCAAGGAUCCCAGGAUAUUGGCAGUGAUGUCAUCCUGCUGUGUAACUCAGAGGAAGGCAUUCCUCGGCCAACUUACCUUUGGGAGAAGUUAGACAAUACCCUCAAACUACCUCCAACAGCCACUCAGGCAUUGGCAGUAAUGGAGAGGCCCCAAACAACCUUAAUUGUUCUUGACCAGGUCCAGGGGACAGUCACCAUCCGGAACAUCAGUGCUGUGUCUUCAGGUUUGUACCAGUGUGUAGCUUCUAAUGCCAUUGGAACAAGCACCUGUCUUUUGGAUCUCCAAGUUAUUUCACCCCAACCCAGGAGCAUUGGACUAAUAGCAGGAGCCAUUGGCACUGGUGCAGUUAUUGUCAUUUUUUGCAUUGCACUAAUUUUAGGGGCAUUCUUUUACUGGAGAAGAAAAAAUAAAGAGGAGGAAGAAGAAAUUCCUAAUGAAAUAAGAGAAGAUGAUCUUCCACCUAAGUGUUCGUCUUCUGCCAAAGCAUUUCAUGCCGAGAUGUCGUCCUCGGAGAACAACACGUUGACCUCUUCCAAUACCUACAGCAGCCGCUACUGGGGCAACAACCCCAAAGUUCACAGGAACACGGAGUCCUUCAACCACUUCGGUGACUUGCGCCAGUCUUUCUCCCUCCACUCAGGCAAUGCCAACAUCCCAUCCAUCUAUACUAAUGGGAACCAUUUGGUUCCAGGUCAGCCUAAGACUUUGGUAGUGACAGCCAACAGAGGGUCAUCCCCGCAGGUCAUGUCCAGGAACAAUGGCUCAGUCAACAGGAAGCCUCGGCCUCCACACACACACUCCUACACCGUCAGCAAAGCUACCCUGGAGCGAAUUGGUGCAGUACCUGUCAUGGUGCCUGCCCAGAGUCGAGCUGGAUCCCUGGUAUAGGACAUGAGGGGAAUGUUGGGUUUCGACAAGAAUACAUGGAGUUUCCCCUACUUGCGGGAGGGGGUGGUUAGGACGGGCAGGUGCUGGGAGAGCAGCUCUCCUCAUCAUAUUAGUGAAAAGCACCAAGAAGAAGGUGGUGGUGUUACCUGGCUACAAUGAUGUGUAAAAUGGAUUGGAAGGCGCCAUCAUGAAAACGUGUUUCCCCACCACAGAUACGUUGUGACUCUGUUCAGUAAGCUACAUCUCAAAGAUGUGCCAUGCUAAGGAAAAAGACGUAAGAGCAGAACAGCACUUAAAAUGCAAACUGCAGUCCAGCUGGACUUGGUUUGUAAUUCAUGCCUAACUUAAUAUUUUUGAGGAGACUAAAGUGCCAGAUGGAAUUUAAAUGAGAUUAUUUGACAGGUUAAAGAUAGGUGUCUUUAGAGGAGUAACAAGCAGAACACGAGUAUCGUGUGUUCUGCUUCUCCCUGUGCGCUCUUUGAGUAGAGGGCUUGAUGACAGACAUGGUUAAUUUUGAUCCCUAAAGGUCUGACUCUUUUAUCAUAGAAUCAAAACUACACAAACAACAUUCAGUAAGAAAUGGGAGGAAGCAAAGGAAAUGUCUUUGGAAAGCCCCUGCAUAUUUAUUUAUUUAUCUAUCUCUACCAGAACCAUGACUGUCAUAUUCGAAAUAUUGCUGUAUUGACAGAUUCUUGCUUGUCUGUUAUUCUAGGAUCUGUUACAGGUCCAUGGCAAUUACUGUUCAUUUUCUCCUGGAAAAAUGUUUUUUAAAGAAAACUAUUGGUUGGUUGGGGUUUUUUUUGUUGUUGUUGUUGUUGUUGUUUUUAACAAAAAUACUUGAUAGACCUUGGGCCAGGAAAGAAAAAAAAAAAAAACAACUUUGUUUAGCACCUUCUUCAGUGAUUGUAUUUAGUGAGCCCAGGAGGCUGUGAGUUACAAGGUGCUAGAUUGUGUGCACAGCACUGUCCCAGGGCUUUUGGCCUUUCUGGGCAGGCUCUCCAUGCAAGGCAGCCCAGGGCUCCCUCGCAGUCACACUAGGUCAUUCUUAAUGAGGGCAGUACCUGAUGCCUUUUGUACUGUGGUAGAUAACUAGCUCCUAGUUGGAUAAACAAGUUACUAGACUGCCAAAAGGAGUACAGACUUCUUUUGUUUGUUUGUUUUUCAAAAUAAUCCUUUUUGCAAAAAGAGAUAGGAUUGAGACAGAAGGGAUAUCCUCAGAUGUAUUCCUGGGAGGGUCUGCCCUGUAUCUGUGAGAGCUCAGGGUUGCAGUUUUGGCCAAAUCCGUUUUACAACACUGUAGAGACUCCUUGUGUGAUGCAUUACAUAGCCUCGCUGACUUUGCAGUUCCCCAGAGGAGUUUACCCACUUCGGACUCUGUUUCGUGCCCUGGUAGAUCUGGCUGUCCUUACAUUGGUAACUAUCUUGCCUUAAUCACACUUUGAGCUACAUACAAAUAAUUUCUUGCCAGAUUCUCUUCCGAAAUCAUUUAGGAUGCUGACCCUCUAAUUCAGUAAGAGCAUCUUGUCUCCACCUGCUGUGUCCCCUCACUCCUUCACCCACUGUGCUGAUCGCCCUCCUUUCCUGCAAGCAUCGUUCCCAGGAAGUGGCCUCCUGACUUUCGUCCAGUUGUUUGAAGGGAGCGGAGACCAACAGCUGCCACACAAACAAUUUGUCCAAGAGAACCGUGCUCAGAACCUAACCAUUGCAGCCAUUUUAACACUGAUAAAAAGCUGAAGUUACUUUAGCAUUACUUAUUUUUCCCAUUUGAUGGUUCUUGACUUUGUAAAAAAAUUAAAUAAAUGAAUGUCUAUACUUUUAUAAAGAGUGAAAAUAUAUGACUUGGAAAAGAUGAUAUUAUCAGAUGCUGUUUAGAAAACAUUUGUCUUGCAUUUCUUUAUUUCUAAUUAUCUAAAAUUCAAUAAAAGUUUAUUCAUAUAAAAUAAGUUGUCAUUAUAAUACUAAUGAAUAUGUGAUUUUUCUGUCUGGUAUAUCCUUUAAGUUAUAUGCAUUUUUCCAUUGUGUUAAAUAAGAUUCAUAAUCAUUUUAAUAAGCAUAUAUGAUAUGCUAAAAGUUAUUAGCCUUUUUCCUGUUAUUGGAAAUUUCAGGUUGAUUCUAGUUCUCACCCAUAUGACUACAGACCUAAUGACUCUUCACACAUCAAGCUAUUUUCAUAUUUCCUAUUCUGAAAGCUUAGGAAGACAGGGUCCAUGCCUGCUUUUUGCCAUUGAGUCCCCAUCACCUACCACAGUGUCUGGAUGAGCAUUAAGUGGAUAAAUCCUUGGUGAUUUCUGAACUGUAAUUGCCGUACCCUGAGCAUGAUUAUAGCUCUUGUUGUAGUGCUGUGGGUUGGAGAAUUUCCUUUGUUUGAAUUUAAACAUUUUAUUUUGUUUAAAAAAAGUUGAGAAGCAGACAGAGAAAGAGAGUAAGCUCCCAUCUGGCGACUUAUUCCCCAGAAGCCCACGGUGACCAGGGCUGGGUUGGGGCCAGAGUCAGGAACUGAGACUGCAAUCCGGGUCUCUCAUGUGGGUGGCAGGAAACCAGCCACUUGAGCCAUCACUGCUGCCUCUGAAGGAGGUCUGCACUGGCGGGCAGCUGAGUCAAGUGCUGGAGCCAGGAAUGGCACCCAGGCGCUGCAGGGUGUGAUGUCAGUGUCUCAGCCACUUGGCUAAAUGCCCAUACCUCUUUACUUUUAACUUUUUAUUUUGAGGUAAUUAUACAUUUAUAUGCAGUUAUAAGAAAGAACCCAAAUACCCUUCAGCUGAUUUCUAUGGUAACACCUUGUAUAACUGUUGUACAGUAUCACAAGCUGACAUGGAUACAGUUCCCCAACCUUAUUCAUGUUUCAGUACUUGUGCACGUACUUGUACACACACAUUUAGUUAAUACACAGUUUUAUCAUGUAGAUUCACAUGACUUCUCCACACUCAAGAUGCAGGGUUCUUUGUGCAAUUAUUUGAUGAUCACAGAGACUUCCCUCCUCUUUAGGUCCCUAAUCCCUGACAGCCACUAAUCUUUUGAGGAUUUUCUUCUUUUCACUUGGAGUAAUUUCCUUAGAUCCAUUCAGAUUGUUGCAUGUGUCAAUAAUUCAUUCCUUGGCCGGCGCUGUGGCUCACUAGGCUAAUCCUCCACCUGCGGCGCUGGCACUCCGGGUUCUAGUCCCGGUUGGGGCACCGGUUCUGUCUCAGUUGCUCCUCUUCUAGUCCAGCUCUCUGCUGUGGCCCUGGAGGGCAGUGGAGGAUGGCCCAAGUGCUUGGGCCCUGCACCUGCAUGGGAGACCAGGAGGAAGCACCUGGCUCCUGGCUUUGGAUUGGCGUAGCGUGCUGACCGUAGCAGCCAUUUGGUGGGUGAACCAACAGAAGGAAGACCUUUCUCUCUGUUUCUCUCUCUCUCACUGUCUUAACUCUGCCUGUCGAAAAAAAAAUUCAUUCCUUUUUAUUGCUGAGGAGUGUUCCAUGGUAUGGAUGUACCACAGCUUUUUUUUUUUUUCCUAACUAUUUCCUCAUAGAAGAGUAUGAAUGAUAUUUGAUUCGUUUCCAGUUGGGAGCUGUUAUGAAUAAACUUGCUUUAACCAUGUGUUUGUAGGUUUUUGUCUGAACAUGAGUUUUAAUUUCUCAGGAUUAAUGUCUGGGAAUAGAGUUGUUGGGUUCCAUGUGGCAGUUACACAUUUAGUUUUGAGAAUGGCCAUACAAUUUUACAUUUCUGCCAGCAAAGUUUGAGUGGCCCAGUUUCUUUGUAUCCUCAGCUGUAUUGAGUACUGUUAGUAUUUUUCAUUUUAUCAUUUUGAGAGUUGUAUGGUGAUAUUUCACUGGGUCUUGAAUUGGUACUUCCCGAAUGACUAAUGAUGGCAGACAUUUACAUGUGCUUAUUUGUAAUCUCUGUAGCUUAUUAUGUCUCUUCAUGUCUUUUGCCCAUUCUCUGUAUUGUGUGGGCUAUUUAAAAUUUGUUUUAAGAAUUUUAAAAUUUUUAUGAAUAUUGUAAUACCGACACAUGUUUAUGGAGUACAGCACAGUAUUUUACCUCUAUAUAGUAUAAACUGACCAAAUAAGACAUUAGAAUUUCCUUUUUUCUAUGUUUGGAGCAUACCAGCUAUUCUCUCCCAGUCCUUUUAAUUAUAUAAUAUGCUAUUAUGAACUGUAGUCACGCCUCUGUGUUGUGAAGCCUUCUGUCUUUCUAUAUCCAUCUUUCUGUCUACCUGAGUUUUGGUACCCAUUAUCUACUAAUUUUUAUGAAAAAAUGUUUUAUCUUAAAUAGGUGUUGAGUUUUGUCAGAUGCUUUUUCUGCAUCUGUUGAUAUAUUCUUUUUCUUUAGCCUGUUAAGCUGGAUUAUGUUGAUUUUCAAAUGUUUAGCCAGCCUUACAUUACCUACCGUAAACCCUGGCUGGCGUGGUAUGUAUUUCUCUUUUAAGAUUUAUUCUUUAUUCAUUUAUUCAAGAGGAAGAGCUACAGAGAGUGACAGAGAGAUCCUCAUCUGCUGACUCACUCCCCAAAUAGCCACAAUGGUUAGGGCUGGGCUGGGCCAGGCAGGAGCCAGGGGCCCGGAGCCCAAGUCCUCAGCCAUCCUCUGCUUCCUCCCCAGGUGUGUUAGCAGAGCCCUGGAUAGGAAGCACAGCAGCGGGGACUCAAACCAGUGCCCACAUGAGAUGCCGGCACAGUAAGUGGUGGCUUAACUUGCUAUGUCACAGUGCCGACCCCAGGGUAUAUUUUUUUUAAACUGCUGAAUUUGAUUUGCUAUUUUUAAGGAAGAUUUCUGUGCAUUACUUCAUAGAAUUCACUAGUGAAAUCAUGUGGGCCUGGAGAUUUCUUUUUUCAAAGUUUAAAUUAUUCAGUAUCUGUAAUGGUUAUAGGACUUUUCAAGCUAGGUACUCCAUAUUGAUUGGAUUUCAGUAGUUUGUAGUUUUCAAGGUAUUAAUCCGUAUUUCCUAGGUUGUCAGUUCUAUGAGCAUGUGGCUAUGUGUGAUAUUUCUUUAUUCUAAUUGGAGGAGAAUCUGUAGUUCAUAGACCUUAUUUUGUUCUUGAUGUUGGUGAUUCUUUAUUUUUUUUAUUUUUUGUCUUGCUAGAACUUUGUCAAUUUUACUAAUUUAUCUCAGAGACCAUUUCUUUUGUCAUUGAUUUUCUUUUUCUGUUUUCAGGUUCAUUGAUUUCUGCCUGGUUUCACCCUUGAAAUGGCUUUGGGUUCAUUCUUUUCUUAUUUUCAGAGUUUGUUGAAGAGGGAACAAAGAUUAUUGAUUGAAAGCUCUUCCUCUCUCCUAACAUAAGAAUUUUAGGGUUAUGAUUUCUCUCUUUCACUCCCACCUGCCUCCCACAUAUUUUGACAUAUUACAGUUUCAUUUCAUUCACUUCUCUGCAUUUUUUAAAUUUUAUCUGUCACUUCUUUUGACCCAUGGGCUAUUUAGAAAUGUAUUACUUAAUUUAUAAAUUAUUGGAGGUUUUCUUAAUUGUCUUCCUGUUAAUUUUUAGCCAGACAAUAUUAUAGUCAGAAAACAUGCUCUGUAUUUUAAUAUUUGCAAAGUUCUUAAGGUUUGUAUUAAUGUCCUAGGACAAGGUUUCUGUUGCGAUGUUUUCCAUGUGCUCUUUAAUAAUUUUUAUUCUGGUUGUGGGCAUUUGGCCCAGCUUAAGAUGCAGGUUAAGAUGUCCAUUUCCCGUACCAUAGUGCCUGGGUUUGAUGCCUGCCUCCAGCUCCUGACUGCAGCGUUUAACCCAUGCGGACCCGAGAGGCAGUGCUGAUGGCACCUGUGAUUGGGCUCCUGCCGCCCAUGUGAGACACAUGGUUUGAGUUCCUGGCUCCGAGCUUCAGGCUAAGCCUAAACCCAACCCCAUUUGUCACAGAUACUUGGGGAGCGGGCCAGCAGGUGGGACCCCUCUCUCUGUAUCUUUCUCUGUCCCUCUGCCUCUCAAAUAUAAAAAAAUACAUAUAUGAAAACUGUUUAUUCUACUGUUGUUGGGUUGAAUGGUCUGUGUAUGUCAAUGAGCACCUAUUGGGUGAUCGUGCCGGGAAGUUUUACUCAUUACUAAUCUAGUAAUUCCAUUGUUCAAACUGAAGCGCUGAACUGCCCAACUAUAAUUGUAAAUCUUUACAUUUCUUGUUUCCCCUUUAUCAGUUUGCUUCUAUGUUUUGAGGCUUUUUUGGUGCACAUGUAUUUAGAAUUACUGUGCCUUCCUGGUGGGUUUAUCAGUAGGUAAUAUCCCUCUUUGUUUCUAUAAUUUGUAUUUGUUCUGAAGUCUAUCUUACAUUAAUUUGUCCAUUUAUGCAUUUUAAAUGUAAUGUUUGUGUGAUACAUGUUUUCUUUCUCUUUCAACAUUCCUAUGUUAUGUCAAGUUGAAUAUCUGUAGACAUCAUAUUGUUGGAUGACAUUUUUGUACCCGCAAUGUCAACAUACAUCUUUAUCGGUAUGUUUGGACCACUUAGAUUUAUAGUGAUUAUUGAUAUGUUAGGGUUUAAUCUGUCAUUUCAUUUUUUGAUUUCUGUAUUUUCCUCAGUUUCCCUCCUCUUACCUUCUGUGGAUUGCUUACACAAAUUUUGGGGUUUCAUCUUGAUUUAUUUGGAGUUUUUCCCAGUACAUUUCUUUGUAUAAUUUUUAGUGUUUGUUCUAUAUAUGAAAAUUUGCAUAUGUUACAUGUCACAGUUUAUUUGUAUCAACAUUUUACUACUUUGCAAGUGUGUAAAUUUGAUCCUAUACUUACAUUAAAUAUAUUUCCUGAGUAAUUUUUAUUUCGAUAAUCAAAUAUAGUUUAUAAAACUCAUGUAGAGAAGUCCAUUUACACACCCAUGCUUCUGUAUUUUUGUUACUUCUUCCUGACUGUCUGUGUUUCCCUCUCCUUUCUAUCUGAAGGAUUCCCUUUAGCCAGUCUUUAACUGUGGAUGUUCUAGCAAUGCAUGCUGUUAGUUUUCCUUUGAGAAUGCCUUUCUUUACCCCUUCAUCUCACUGAAUAUUGUAUUCCUGAUUCACAACUCUCUUAGCACUUGAAAAAAUUGAGGAUAUGUUCAGCCAUUAUCUCUUAAAAUAUUCUUUCAGCCCUUUCCUCUUUCUCACAUCUUUUUGGAACUCUGAUGAUGGGUCUUUUGUCAUUGUCCCUGUUCACUUUCUUCAGUCUUUUUUCUCUGUGCAGUGCAGAUUGAGUAAAUUCUAUUGAUCUGUCCUUUAACUGAUUCUAUCCUCUGUCAUUUCUGCUCUGCUGUGGAACCCAUCAAACAAUAUUGAAUUCAGUUACUAUUUUUUUUUCAGUUUUAUAACUUCCUUUUCCAAACAUUAAUAAGUUUAAUUAUACUGAAAUGUAAUUUAUAUGUCAUAAAGUUCAUUCAUAAGUGGUACACUUACAGUAGAUUUUAGUAUAUUUAUAGUGCUAAACAAACAUCAUCUCAUUUUAGGAUUAUUUUAAUUCCUCACUAAAGAAACCCGUGCCCACUAACAGUACCUCCUUAUUUCAUAAUACCUUUAAUCUCAGGCAACCACUAAUCUGCUUUCUGUCUCCAUACAUUUGCUUGUUCUGGACAUUUCAUAUAAUUGUCAUAGAAUGUGUUCAUAAUUCAUAUCGAUACAUUUUUACUAUCACUUCUUUAAAAACCUAGAUGCUUCCAAUAACUGAUUCAUAUUGAUGCUGGCAUAUAUAUCUAUUACAUAUAUAUAUAUGGCAUAUAUCUUUUCUCCCUGAAGUUGUGAUCUGGUUUUUGGGAUAAUGAAUGAUUUUUUUGAAUUUUCUCUUUGAUGUUUUGAGCAUUAUCAGAUCCUGGAUCCCUUUUUAAUGUAAUUUUUGUUAUUGUAGUGUACAUUCUCCCUUGUUGGUUAUAUGUUUGGUUUCUCAUUAGGCUCUAUUGUCAGCACUCUGUCAAAAGUAAAAAGCUAGCUCCUCUCUCAGCCCUGUUUACAUCUUAAAGUGGGGCACCAAACUGUAGCUUGUAGUUGCCUCCAAGUAAGGGUAUAAGCUGGGCCCUGGUGACACUCAAGAGGAAGGAAGUUAAAGCCUUAUUCACACCACUUGUUGCUAAAGAGUAGAAGCAGAAAUUCAGUUCUGUGCUGCCUUACUGACACCAGUGGGGGGAAGGGAAGGGGGAGGAAUGGCACCUUAUUCAGGCCUGUGGAUGGCAGAGGAGGGUGGAGGCCCAUCGUCCCAUUGACUAAAACUAGGAGAAGGGGAAAGCUGAGUGUCCCCUCUCUAUCGUGAGUAGAGGUUCCGAGCCCCACUGGUGGUAUCCCAAGUUCCCUAUGCGUCUACUCUUCCCACUCCUCAGGGUCUUCCCAUAUUUGCUGUGUUCUGUCCAAUCUGUUGCUGUUUUAAUAGGAGAGACUAUCUUACACUGAAACUUAUGAUGGGGUUAUUCUGUGUUGCAUGGAACCAGUCAUACUGGAUCAUCACUUUUUAAAAUAGCCAUUUGUCAGUUAAAUCAUACAGCGUUCUAUUUGGGAGCUUCAAGAAUUCUUAAUUGUGUAUUAAAAACUUACUCCUUAGCAUGACUCAUUCAGUUUCUUCCAUAAAUAUUCCACUCGUCUCAACUUCCACUACUCCUCUAUCUGCAAACUGGGCUCCAAGCCUGUUCACCUUCCUUUGAACUGACUGUUGAGUUUUUCCUGUUUCCCAGCUAUAACUGCCACCUACCAUUUUCACCCAGAUCUUCUUGUACUGCAAGUCCAAUUUAAAUACUCUAUGCUUCAUAAAUCCUUUCUUUUUGAGUCUAGUAAAAAGUGACAGCCCCCUUGCACAAGGUCUAGCCUUUACUACACACAAGGGAAUUAUCACAAUUUAUAUUGUAUUUCUGAUUAGUGCACAUGACUGAUGUCCCCUGCUAGACUGAACUGAGGUACUCUACAGCCAUCUUUGAUCCCUAACUGUGUUGAGCACUGUUGCGGGUAUAGUAGAUACAGAUGGUGAAUUUGUCACAAUUGCUGUUCUCAGGAUCAUUUUACAGGGAUGGUGCUGACCUGUAAGUAAAUAACUGUAAGCUCCAGUUGAUAUUUAUUCAAAUCCAGGCAUGCUGGAUUAUUUCUUCUACAUCUUGGUUGUGGUCCUAAUACUUAGCAUGUUGCUUUAUUCAUAGAAAGUACCUGAAAAAUGUGCUAAAAUCAUGAACCUGAAAAUACAUAUGAUUGUUAAAAGUAGCAGGAAAAUACCAGAUAAUUCUCAUAGCAAGGUUGCAAUAGAAUUGUUUACCCAGAUGGUAAAUGAUUGCACCAAUUCCUGGGUGGAUUUGAUGUUACUUUAGAGAUUCAAUAUUCUUUGGAAAAUAAUAAUAUUGAAAUAAUAUACUAAACUCAAUGGUUUAGAUGAAUCUUAUAGAAUUAACAAAUUUUAUGUAAAAAUGUUAAUUUAUAUUAUUUUGAGCUUAGUACCCAGUAUGUACUUUAAAAAAUGUAGAUCAAGUAUGAAUUCACUUAAUCUUAUCACAGUUCUACAUGGAAAAUAUCUUUGCUCAUGUGUUAGAAACCCAGAAACUUAGGCUAAGUCAGUUAAACUAUUUGCCCAAAUAAGUAAUCUGUCAGUUAUUUUUCUUAAUAGACCCCCUGUCUCUGAGUAUUGGGAAGAAUAAUCCAGAG